AUGACGGCGACCGCCCACCAUCACCCACCUGACGCACUGCCCGAGUCCCAUCAUCAGCCGGCCAGCACAUCCAAAACCAGCCCAGUGGCCACCAUUACCACAUCCAACAACCACCACAUCCAACAGCUUCGGCGCCGAGCAUCGAUCAUCCUUGUCAUCAAGGAAACUGAUCCCAGAUGUCGUCAUGCUUCAUUGACCACGACCACGACAGACGGCCAUGCCACCACGACGGACGAGCAUGAAGCAACCACCACUACAACGGACGACCACGGCCAUGGCCAUGGACCACGACGUACCGCCACGGACGCCAACCUACCACCAACCGCGACCACGGUGCACUGUAACGUCAAUGGACUACCACAACGCGAAGACAAAAUGACGGACAAUGGGGCCCAUGACCAGACGACGACGACGACACUGGACCAACACAACACGACCACCCUACCAAGACCAGAACGGGUGACGGCGACCCAGCACGUUCCACGACGAUGCAAAGACGAGAGGAUCCCGUGCGUCCGUCACGACAGCAUCCCCUCCCCGACUUCAGUAGUCUUCUUCAAAACUCCGCCAAUCGUCGCCCUUGAUCUCGAAAAGGAAGUCAUCAUCAAAGGGAGGUUUAUUUACAUCUGUGUACCAACGGCGUCUUAUGCCCCAAUGUCAUCCAAAAAGGGUUUGUCGCAUCCAGCUAUUUCGGUCUGA